AAGCAUCGAAGAAUCACAAUGUUUCUUAUUGCAACGUUCUUCGUAACUCUGUUCCUAAAUGUACCUUUCAAUACAGCUGACUUACUCGCUGACUGGCCGUCGAUUCAAAAUUUUCAAGAUCGCCAUCCCAAGGAAGGUCUCCUUGAUGUCCUUAUGAAUCCAAAAUCGAUCAUUUCAAAUGAUCGUGCGUCAAUCGACAAUAUAUUUGAAUUAGAUCUUAAAGCGGACGAUAUAAAUUAUGAGCUUUAUACCAACGACAAUAAGGAGCAAUCGGUUUCGCUGCGAGUAGGUGAUGCUACUCAACUAAAGGAUUCGCCUUUUAAUCCUGCGUGGCCAACCAAGAUUAUUAUUCACGGAUGGAUGGAAAACGGAAAUUCCUUUUGGUUACAUGACGUCCGACGAAAUUAUCUUAGUGUUGGGGAUUACAAUGUAAUUUAUGUAGAUUGGUUUGCCGGUUCAGCCAAAGAAUAUCUAACAACCGUCCAACUCACUCGUAAGGUGGGAGAAUACGUGGCUGCGUUUAUCGAAUUUCUCGGAUUAGAGACUCAAGUUUCCUUCGAUGAUAUUCACGUUUUGGGACACAGUUUGGGUGCUCAUGUAGCCGGAUAUACUGGUAGUUACAUGUCAAAGAAACUAGGUCGGAUCACUGGACUCGACCCGGCUGGACCGGCAUUUGAGACGCCUUAUCUUAAAGAUACGGAGGAGCGAUUAGACGCCGCGGACGCCAAUUUUGUAGAUAUUAUUCACACUUGUGCCGGCAGUUUAGGUUUCCUCCGACCCAUCGGCCAUGCGGAUUUUUACCCAAACGGAGGAACAUUUAGGCAACCUGGAUGCCCUGUAUUUUCAUCCCAAAUCUGCAGCCACGGUAGGUCGUACCAGUUUUUCGCCGAGUCCAUCGUGCAUCCCGAUGGCUUCGUUGGCGUGCAAUGCUCCAAUUGGAUGGAUUUCCUGCUUGAUAAAUGCGGCGAUAGUAAUUCUACCACUGCCGUUAUGGGCGAAUUUAUCAACCCUGAUGUUCAAGGUAUUUUUUAUCUACAAACCAAUGCGCAGCCACCAUUUGGAAGGGGCGAGAUGAAUAAUGAUGGAAACGGACAACUCCUGUAACUACACUUAUGACACGUACAUAUGUAUUUUUCAUUACAAUUAGUGAUGCCGCAAGAAAACGUACAAACGUAGAAAGUACUUUACUCGCAUACCUCUAUCACAAAUAUUAUGAUAUAAAACAGACCGAUAUAAAGUAAUAACAAAAAUUACGCGUAUGGAAAUUUACGUGCAA